UCGGCGCAUUUCACGUUUGAGAAGACCCAACAUCAUGGCGGUGUAUACAGGUCAUAUUCAGCUUUGGUAGCGAGGCAGCAAUCGGAAGCCACCAUGUUUAGAAACAUGUUUUUUGUGGAAUCAGUCAAAAUGGUAAAUCCCGGAUUUGCAUGCAGACUGUUAUAAAGACAAACCUAAGUGCCUGGCGAGAAGCCUAAUAGCGACAGGCGAAGGACUUAUGCUCCUAUGUGACUGGAUCAAUGGGAUCGAUCGGAGCGUUUUGUUGCUGGAACCUCGCCGCUAUUGAAUGUCCUGUUGCUUUGAGUUGCUUUCAUUUGAUUAAGAACGAUAUCGAUCGGUAGGUGAAACGUGCACAGACGACAAGAGUUUGUUGGAUCGGUAUUCAUACGCUGUUCGUCAACAAACCUCCGAUACUGCUCACAAUCAGCCUCCAAGACAUGUAAAUAUCUGCCAAGGCAAGAUGGCGGAAUCUUUGUUGCCCGACAUUGCUGUCCUAUUAUGAUGCAGUGUCUCCUUCACACGUCCACAGCCAGAAGAUGAUAUAAGGAUUCAUCCGAAGAAAGUGAACUGCAUCAUAUAUCUACCACCAUGCAUCCGGUCAUAAUUCUCGUUUACGUCACAUCCAGUUUCCAUGUUCUACUUGGUCUGUUGAGUGUUGUUCUGGGUGUUGUAUCAUCUAUUAAGUCAGAAGUAUGGCUAGCGCAUCGUGUCUCACCUAUAUGGAGUGGGGGAUUCUUUAUCAUAACGGGGAUUGUUGGCGUGUUGUGUGCCAAGAGAAAAUCAUCCUAUGUGAUAAUGUGUUUUACGGCAUUUAAUGUUGUGUCCAUGGUAACGGCUGUCGUCAGUAUCCAGCUUCUGAGGCUUGGGCUGGUGAACCACACAACGGACGGAGAGACGAUACAGAAGGCGGUCAAGGACAUGCUCAUUCUGGUAGCCCUGGGGGCAGCAGGCACGGAGUGCCUUGUUUGUCUCAUUUCCACCGUACUCAGUUGUCGUAUUGCAAAAAUUGCCAAGGAGGAGAUGUCGAAACAGCGCGAGGGCAUGUUCUACGUUAAGGAAGACACAGAUGCCUUUGAAUGUUCAAAUAGAUCAUUCGAUGCAGAUGUCGACGAGGGUACUUACACGGCAGACGAAAGCGGUAUCAGCAUUGAUAUGGAGGAUCAUCAGUACAAUGUUGUCAUGGAUACCAAAUGCAAUUUUCACACAGAAACCAACUUUCGAAACGUCGGGGAGUUUGACGGUGUUAUAUGUGAAACUGAAUACACCAAUGCAGAUAUUACAACAAUAGCGGAACCCACUAAUAACAUUUAUAAAGUAGAUUCAGAUGGCGAGCCAAUGUCUGUAACAAUGGAGGAUACUCUUGGUGAGUGUAGUGAAGAGGAUUCCGAUAGUGACGAGGACACGGAAGUCGAACAUUGAACAGCCUGCCCCAAAAACGUGAUCAAAUUCGUCCAACAAUGCAAGUAGAUAAAAUACAAUCUUUCCUUGUGGUAAAAUAAUUUGCCAAACUACACCCAGACAUGGAGAAAUGCAUACCAAUUCGUCCUUUCGUUAAUUUGAGUACAAAAGUAUUGAAGUUGAUGAUGAAGUUAAUAAAAUCGUUG